GUCCGCUCUUCAUUCUGCCCGGUUCCGUGGCCUUUAGUCACCGAGGCGGACCAACCGGGCGAAGAGGCAAGAAGUUCCGCGUGUGCCAAGUGGCUAGAAGCUUGAAUGCGGCCAGGAGAAUGCGGCCCGGAACGAGAUGUUCGAGGCUCUGCACGCUGACAAUAGUUCUGCUGCUGGUCGCCUGUAUAAUAGAAGACACCGGCGGUACUUGGAACAGGCGGGAGGACAAGACCAAAUGCCCGAAAGUGAAGGCCAUUAGAAAUUUUGACAUAUCCGAGUUCCUCGGAUCAUGGUACAUAGUCCAGUAUUAUGCGAGCUCGGAAGAAGCGCUCGCGUACAGAUGCAUGCGAGCCGAACUAUCAAUUUCACCCGAAAAUACCGAAGUUACCAUGAAUUUCACUUACAGUUUCACCGAUGAUCCGAUCAAUGAACAACUCAUCGGUAACAUCACCUGGAAGAUUCCUUCUGCCGAGUUACCUGCACAUUGGGUGCACGCCGAAUUUCCAUAUGAAGGAGUGUACAAUACUUACGUGCUAGAUUCAGAUUACAAAUCGUGGGCAUUGCUUAUGCACUGCGCGGAACAGAGCAAAACUCCUCGAUAUUUAUCUAGCUUCAUCAUGAGCAGGCAGUCGAGCCUCGGAGCUAACGUUAUAUCCUACCUCCGCGAGAAGUUGCCCAGGUACGACAUUGAUCUGGAGUACAUGUUCCCGAUGGACCAGCAACAGUGCAACAAAACGAGCACUUCGGAAAUGGAUUUACUGAUGCCACCAUCGUUGAUGUCCAGAAAACAUUUCGCCGAGCGAAAACAUCCACUCAGAAAAAAACACCGACGAUUCUGAAUAUGUUUAUUCGAGGAGAAGCGAUGUUCCAUGAAUUCAGAUGAAAGGUUCCAAGUAAUACGCAACGGAUUAACACAUUGACUGCCACGAGAAUUUCGAGCGUUUCGUAUAAUACUACUCAUUCUUUCGUAAUAAUGGUAAAUGGUAUUACAAUGAAUUAUUAAUUAUUUGAUACCAUACUUCUUAAGUUAUACUAUUAUUUAGUUGCUUGUGUAACUAAAUAUUUUCAUUCGACAUCAAUUUUUUUAUUGUAAUUGUUGUUAAGAAAUUUUAAAGCUAUGGUCAUUGGUGACCAUCGUGGUGGUCAACGUGUUAAAUAUUUUUAUUAUUCUUGAUGUUUCGUUAAAAUAAAGGGAGGAUUUCAAUUGUAAAAAUAAAAUAUUUGUAUAAAAAAUUCGUUGGGUUCUACGAUGGUGGUUUCUUGGAUAAAUAGCAAUUGAUUAAGAACUCGUUGAGAAGCUGUUCUACGGAUUAAUAAAAUUAUUUAUUUGAAAUAUGUAAUAAUUGAUUGUUAAAAGCCGAGAAAUUAGACUAUUGGCGAUGAUACAUUGUAUUUUCAGUAUAUUAUUUAACCGAAUGUAUAGGAUACAUAUGACGAAUAUACCGAAUUAUGCAGAAAAUAUUUAUAAUACUCAAAAGUAAUUGUUACAUUAUAGAGAUUAUCCAGUACUAGUCUAUUUAUACGCGAAGUACCCAGAAUAUUUGAUAUUGAAAUGUAUGGCAACGUUAUGUUUAUAAUAUCAACUUCGUACACAUAGUCACGCUUGUCACUUAAACAUGUGAUCAAUUUAGGUACUUACAUAUACGCAUAUAUGAGAUAAGAUGUAUGAUGUACUUUAAAUGGCUGUAAAUUUCAAAAUGAACGUAUAAA